CCCAUAGUGAUCUCCCUUGAGACUUAAAUGGCUUGUAUUCCCAAAAAGUCCUAAAGCAAGCGCUGUCGUUUGUUUCUCGAGACAACAGCAGAUGUUGCGUGGUCAUUUAUAAUCUAUGGGCUAAUGCAUGCUUAAAUUGAACACUUGGAAAUGAUAACUUGCCUGAGUUAUACUUAGAGUAUGUUAUCACCAAAGGUAAACAUCAUUCUGCGGUAUGUCCCUGUCAUGUGACGCUUCAUGUAUAGCUAGCUGUAACUUGCUAAAACUAACAGCAAGAAGCAGAGCAGCCAAGGAUGUAUCCUUUAAGCAGUUGCUCAACGAACAUAAUCACAUGUGAUUAGAAAAAUCCUAUAACCCUACGUGCAUUUAAGGAACAACUUCAGAGGCGAAGCAACAGCAAUUAUGUUGUCGGCAGAAGCUACGAAAAGUGUGGUGCUUGUGGUGUUGUUGCUGAUGAACUUCGGUCUGGGUAUGAUUCCCGUGAAAUUGAUGACUGUAAUACAACGGAGAUCGGCCACCGCCCUCUACACAGAUGAUCCCCAGCGAUCAAGAGCAUUCACGUACAAACGAGUGCUGAGUUUUCUUAGCUGUUUUGCGGCAGGUGUUUUUCUGUCCACUUGUCUUCUAGAUCUGCUUCCAGGAGUACGGAGACACUUGAACACUGCCAUGAUAUCAUUGAACAUGACCACAGGGUUUCCUUUGGCAGAAUUUAUCCUUUCUAUUGGAUUAUUUAUAAUACUGAUUGUAGAGCAAAUUGUAUUAACAGUGAAGGAGCGACAGGCAGCUGAAAAAGGCAUCAAACAAACACUGUUAUCAGAGUCCAGUUCAGAUGGCACUGCCUCAUGUCAGAAAAGCAGUGAGGGUGACUUCAUGAAAGACAGUCAACCUUAUGAUGGAAUCAGUGAUAAGCCUUUGGGUAGGGAUGAAGAUCAUUCUCAAGAAGAACAUAGUUCCCUACUCCCCGGCAGUACAACCACAGAGGCCAGCCGUGAAGACAGUGAGGAACAUCAUUAUGGUCAUCAUCAUAGCUCCACCUUUCAGAACCAUUCGCCUCUUCGAGCACUUCUGAUGCUGAUAGCACUCUCAAUUCAUUCCAUCUUUGAGGGAUUGGCAGUUGGCCUACAGCCCAAUGUUGCAGAUGUUCUGGGCAUCUUUGCAGCACUGGUUGUUCACAAGAGCAUUUUGAGCUUUAGCCUUGGUAUGAAUCUUGUGCAAAGUCGUCUGUCAACUAAAAUUUGUAUCCGUUCCAUUCUUUUCUUUUCACUAACCUCACCUAUUGGUAUUGCCAUAGGGAUACUUAUCACAAAUUUAUGGGAAUCAGUUCUGUCAAGUCUGGUUGAUGGGAUCUUGCAAGGGGUUGCAUCUGGUACAUUUUUGUAUGUGACAUUUUUUGAAGUUCUUCCUUCUGAAUUUAACUCUCCACAUGACAGGCUUUUUAAGCUUAUCUUCUUGAUGGUUGGCUAUGGGAUAGUUAGUGGAAUUUUGUUUUUUAGUAACGACGUUACAAAGCCCUUUUGUAAUAAAACCGACACUGAGAAAGGGUAAUGUCUCACUUCUAAAUGUAGCAGUCAUAAUAAUAUGACUCAUAAAUUAUACCAGUUGCCUUCUAAGAGUUAAGAUGUAAAUUUUAGAAAGUUAGCUUAUUCAGUUCUGACCUUAUAUAGAUUUUAGAGGGAUGUAACUAUACAGAUAUAUUGUUCUGCUUUUAAAAUAAAAUGCUGAAGUUACAUCCCUAAAAAGAGCAGUAGUUCUUGAAUUUAAAAAAAAAUCUUUUUGACUAUAAAUGGCUGUACUUAUUGAAAGUGGUGUUUCAAUACAUCAGGAUUAAGUAGUUUGGCUGGCAGUGCAUUAGGAAGCUUGUGAACAUUAGUCACUUAAUGUUUUCCCAUUUUACAGUGCUGUUCUAGCUUUUACAUUAAGAUCUUUUGGAUCAGAAUUUCUGGUGUUUUUGAUAGAUAUAGUCUAUUGAUGAACAAUAUUUUAUUUCAUAAUUUUGUUUCCUAUGAAAUCAAAUUCAUAUGGCAAUCAUCACGUAGAUUGAAACUGAUAUACAAAACUACUUGAGUCCGAAUGUCCAAUUGUGCCUUAAGUGCUGCUUCUGCUUUGUGAUAUAAUGGAUUUUACAUUUAAGUGCAAUAUGUUUUUGGCAUAUUGCAAUUUUUAUUUUUGGAAUGCUCAGUAACCUUUUAAUUCUUGAAAGUUCUAUAUAAUUAUCACACAUUACAAUGGUAUGCAUGUAAUCAGUUUUACUCAUGCAGAAUAAAAAUGCAUUAUUUAUUACUGUUGUAUGCGCCUACCUGAUUUGUCAGUUUUAUCAUCCUGUUAGUAUUAUAUAGGAAAUGCUCCCUCAUAUUAUCAAGUUUUUUAUAUUUUACUCAGAUCUGUGGAAGUAGUCAGUUUUUUCAUCGAAUCAUUAUGCAAAUUUUGUGUAUGUGUAUAUGUGUGUGUGUAUAUAUAAAAGAUCAUAUAAAUUUGUAGAUUCUUAUACAACUGCACACAUAACUUUGUACAUAGCUUAAUUCAAAAAUGUACAGAGUAUGAAUGGGAGAAAGAAAGAGAAGCAGGAGGGGAUGCAACUUAGUGAGAUUUAAAGUAGUAUAUUGCAGGUAUUUUGCAGUUUUGUCAGUAAUUGAGAAUGAACUGUAAAGAAUAUAUCAUGAUCUAAUUAUUUUUAAUGUAGCAAAGUAUAAAUUGACUGUUUAUACAGAGUUUUACUCUUGUUGGCUUCCUUUUCAAUUUACUGACCUCUUCUAUUUGCAUAAACCAUUUGCAGAUUUAAUUUUUAAAAAAGACCUGUUUGCACAAAUAAAUGACUUGCUAACAAAA